CCCACACCUCCAUAAACAACCCCCCCCCUCCUCCUCCUCCUUCUCCUUUCCUUCUAACUUCGAAUCAUGGCGAUGUUGACGGCGACGAAGCGCGCGAUUCGGUCCCUGGCUCCAAGGGUUCUCGAUGUCUCUCCUCUCACGAGACAGCUCCAUGCUUCCCCUGGGAGCAAAAAGAUUGUUGGGGUGUUCUACAAGGCCAAUGAAUACGCGACGCUGAAUCCUAACUUCUUAGGGUGCGCUGAGCGAGGCUUGGGCAUUCGUGAGUGGCUGGAAUCUCAGGGCCACCAGUACAUUGUCACUGAUGACAAAGAAGGCCCGAACUGUGAGCUUGAGAAACAUAUCCCUGAUCUGCAUGUUUUAAUAUCCACCCCCUUCCAUCCGGCCUAUGUUACGGCGGACAGAAUCAAGAAGGCCAAGAACUUGCAACUUCUUCUCACUGCUGGGAUUGGCUCUGACCACAUUGAUUUGAAAGCAGCAGCUGAAGCUGGACUGACUGUUGCUGAGGUCACUGGAAGCAAUGUGGUCUCGGUUGCAGAAGAUGAGCUCAUGCGAAUUCUCAUUCUUGUCCGAAACUUUCUACCUGGCUAUCAUCAGGUGAUUGAAGGUGAAUGGAAUGUUGCAGCCAUUGCAUAUAGGGCCUACGACCUUGAAGGCAAGACUGUUGGGACUGUUGGGGCUGGCCGCAUUGGAAAGCUUUUGCUCCAGCGUCUAAAGCCCUUCAACUGCAAUCUGCUGUACCAUGAUCGGCUCAAAAUGGAACCUCAACUAGAGAAAGAGAUUGGGGCAAAAUUUGAGGAAGAUCUUGAUGCUAUGCUUGCUAAGUGUGACAUUGUUGUUAUCAACAUGCCUCUUACUGAGAAAACUAGAGGAAUGUUUGACAAAGAUAGGAUUGCAAAGCUGAAGAAGGGAGUUCUCAUUGUAAAUAAUGCCCGAGGAGCAAUCAUGGAUACUCAAGCAGUUGUAGAUGCUUGCUCCAGUGGCCACAUUGCAGGUUACAGUGGUGAUGUGUGGUACCCACAGCCUGCUCCAAAGGAUCACCCAUGGCGAUACAUGCCCAACCAUGCAAUGACGCCUCACAUUUCAGGAACUACCAUUGAUGGCCAACUGAGAUAUGCUGCUGGAACUAAGGACAUGUUGGAUAAAUACUUCAAGGGAGAGGACUUCCCCCCACAAAAUUACAUUGUCAGGGAAGGCAAACUGGCGAGCCAGUACAUCUGAUCAUACUUUGGUCGAUGAAAGAGGGACUUCUUUGUACGAAUCAGUGGGUGGGUUGUCAGAAGUCCAAAUAAAUCCUAGAGUUCACUCUAUGUAUUUGUUAACCAAGUUGUCAGAAGUUCAAAUAAAUCCUAGAGUUCACUGUAUGGAUUUGUUAACUAAGUCCUCUGUUCAGAGUAACAAUUAUGUCACUAACUAUGGUGGCUAGCAGGGAAAUUUUCUUUCAGCUGAUUGUGCUGUUCUGGAUUGAUGCA